AUGGAUUCUGUAGAAACCACAGAAAAACCCCAUGCAGUCUUGGUUCCAUUUCCAGCUCAAGGCCAUGUUACCCCAUUAAUGAGACUUGCCAAGCUUUUGCACGCAAAAGGGUUCCAUAUAACCUUGGUCAACACUGAAUUUAAUCACAAACGUUUGAUCCGAUCGAAAGGGCCAGAGUCAGUUAAAGGGUUCGAUGAUUUCAGGUUUGAGACUAUCCCUGAUGGGAUGCCACCGUCAGAUAAAGAUGCCACUCAAGAGGUGCCUCAGCUCUGUGAUUCUGUCAGAAAAAAUUGUUUGGUUCCUUUUAAGGAGCUGUUGAUUAAGCUGAACUCGUCUUCUGAAGUGCCUCCUGUUAGCUGCGUCAUUUCUGAUGGUGUCAUGAGCUUCGCUAUCAAAGCUGCUGAAGAUUUGGGCAUCCCUGAAGUUCAAUUCUGGACUGCUUCUGCUUGCUCUUUCAUUGGAUAUUUGCACUACAGAGAGCUCAUCAGGAGAGGGAUUUUUCCAUUCAAAAGUAAGUUCUAUAAACUUCUUUCUUUACCAUGUCUUUUUCUCUUGUCUUAUGAGACCUGGUGUGUCACUGACUUCGACGUCCCAACUUAA